AAUUGAACUGCCGGUAGGUGGGGAAUCCGACACUCCGGCCUCGGGGUUAACUUUUACGAUGGCUUCAGCCUACAGCGCCAGGAACACGCAGGAACAAGGCAAGGACAGGCUAAACGCAGUACCGCCCGACUUACCGAACCCCCGAUCAAUUGCCUACCCCUACACCAUCAAUUAUGUUAACUACCAGGUAUUACCUAAAUCACCAGGCAUUUUACUAUGUACUCCACCCAACUCCAACUUGUAUAAAACCAUGUAUAAAGCCAUAUAAUCAACCAGCUUGUAGUAGUUUCUUAUUUAUCAACUUGUCUUGAAAUUUGGCAAUUUUUUAUUUUGUUGCAACUUACGGAAUUGAACCAUAGUAGAGCUUUAGAUCAUAUCUUCUCGGAUAGAAAAAUAAAAAAUUGUCACCAUGCCGGCCUUUUCUAGACUCGUUCGCUUCUUGGCCAAGAAUGGCAAAACGUACUACGGAGAUGCCAUCCUACCAGAGGGAGUGACAGACAUUGCUAAGACGAAGAAAGCACGCGUUAUCAAAGGGGAUAUAUUUGGCAAGCAUGAAGUCACUGAUCAGAUUGCGGACGUCCGACUACUUCUAUCCCCUCUCGCGUUGGAGGAUGUUAAGACUGUUCGAUGCUUGGGCCUCAACUACGCAUUGCAUGCGAAGGAGGCGAAUCUUCCGAUACCGAAAUAUCCUGUCUUAUUCUAUAAGCCGGUCACUUCUCUGUCGGGUCCUACAGAUCCUAUUCCCAUCCAUCCCAUCGCGCAGGAGGAAUUGGGGCUGGAUUACGAAGUGGAACUUGUCGUUAUCAUUGGAAAGGAAGCUAAGGACGUACCGGAAUCUGAGGCGCUUGACUAUGUUCUCGGAUACGCUGUUGGAAAUGACGUCUCGCACCGCGAUUGGCAGGUUGCACGCGGUGGUGGCCAGUGGUCCUUAGGUAAAGGAUUUGACGGCUGGGCACCAUAUGGACCAGGUAUCGUUACUAGCAAUGUUAUUAAAGACCCGCAGACGCUUCAGAUCAGCACGAGAGUAAAUGGCCAGACAGUACAGGAGAGCAACACAGCCGAUCAGAUCUUCAACGUUAGGAAAACAAUCGCCUUCUUGAGCAGGGGCCACACAUUGUUACCUGGUGAUCUUAUCUGGACGGGAACACCAUCGGGUGUCGGAAUGGGUCGCAAGCCUCAGCUGUGGCUAAAAGACGGCGAUAUCGUCGAGGUUGAGCUGGAAGGCGUUGGAAUUGUCUCAAACAAGGUUGAGUUCAUCAAGGAAGACUCAGCUAAGUUGUAAUGAUAAAACCGAACCCCACCACCUAAUGAAUGAUCAAGCGAGUAACUUGGCUGCUUGGUAAGCGUUUCUUCAAACAUUGGAUAUUUUUCUGUAUUUAUUCCUUAUUGUACGACGUGAUCUUCGCUUAUCAUGGGUUAUUGCAACGUCUUGAUUGGUUAUCCAAGUCUUCCGAUGUCAGCGCCGUGGCUGAGAGAUACAUUCCCUGCUGUCGAUUUAAUAUUGUUUAAUAUUCGAGCCACAACUUCAAGCUCAGGAAGUAUCCUCUUUAUAGUCUUCUUCUUCUUCCUUCGAUAACCUACCUAAUACUAUAGCGAUUAAGCAUCCAAAUUGUAUAUCUUAUGCAAAAUUA